CUUUUCCUCUGGACAGGUUCUGAUAAAUCUCCUCCAUAGUGACCCCAGGCACAGGACAAACAUUAUUGGAAUUUUCCUUCACAGGAAGAGUGUGGACUAGCGAAUAUUGGACAGAAAGUUUGUUGCUCAACUCCUGCAUUUAAAGGGACAGCUGGUAUUUCAGGCUGGACCCCUCCCGUGGAUGAAGUGGAGAUGUGUAUUCAGCGCCCUGGAGACCUAUGGGAGCCACCCAGACUCUGCUAUGUUGUUGUUGUUUCCAUGGAGCAAGAGAGACGCUAAUAAAGAGGUAGCAGGGUGCAGCUGUACCAGAGAGAAGGGAAGAUAUAGAUCCUGCAAACCUGAUUCCUAUACAGAAGACACUGGUCACCCCACUCUGCAUGAGAGGACUUUGUUCUGCACCCCCAUAUAAUUACUCACACCCCCAAGAUGAACAUUGUGCUAUCCAGAGAUGGCCAGGUCAAGAUCAUGGAGAACACUGUAUCAAAUGCAGAGCAUUAUUUUGGACAGUUCUGCUCAGUACUGGCAUCUUAUACCCGCAAAACAGCCAAACUGCGGGAUAAGGCCGAUGAGCUCGUAAAACAACUUAUUGACUUUGGAAACACAGAGAACCCUGAACUAAGGAGCACCAUGAAAAACAUGGCGGAGGAGUUGGCAAAGAUUCAGGACUACAGACAUGCACAGGUGGAGAGGUUGGAAACCAAAGUUGUAAACCCAAUUAAAAUGUACGGACCCUUAAUAAAGGAAAAGCGGGCAGAAAUAAAGAAAUUCAACACCGUUAGGAACAAAGAGAUAAAAGAACUGCAAAAGUUGGAGAAAUUGCGGCACAGAGCGCCGUCUGACCGUCACAUGAUUUCCCAGGCAGAGUCCAGUGUUCAGAAAGCUUCGGUAGAUGCCGCACGCACCACCCAGCAGCUUGAGGAGAUCAUUGAUAACUUCCAACAACAGAAAAUCAAGGACAUUCAGAAAAUCUUCUCGGAUUUCCUAACAAUUGAGAUGAUUUUUCAUGCCAGAGCUCUGGAGGUUUAUACCAAUGCCUUCCAUAGACUGCAGGACUGUGAUCUGGAGAAAGAUAUGGAGGAUUUUCGAGCAAAGAUUCACAUAAACACCGGGAUGCAGGAUGCACGACCUAUUCCUGCCACCAAUGUCUCCUCCAACACCACCUGGCACAUGAGCAGCACGAGCCUGGCGAGCACCCUGCAGAGGCAGCAGCCUGUGGAUCAAGAGGAGGAUAGUGACGAAGACUCUGAUGAAGACUAUGACUACAGGGAGCCCAGGAGGCAGGACUAUUCCAUAGUGCGGAAAUAAGCAGAAUUGUGGUACUGCCAUUGCAGAAUUUCACAGAUUAUAGGACUGACCGAGGGCAAGUGCAAUGCUACAAUUAUGGUUAAUAUUUGUACAUUCACUUGAAAAAACAAUGGGCCACACUGCUGAAUGAAACAGAAAUAUUAUCUCUUGGGCUGAAAAUCAUAUGCUGACAGCUGUUAUUAGGAAAAUCUGUUAAACUAAACAUAGAUGUUAAAGUGAUAGUGUCAAUAAUACAAACUAUUGACAUGUCGAUCACACUUGUCAGAAGUUUAGAUCUCAGUCCUGAGAGUCACUGCGAUCAUGAAUAUUAGAGUAUGUUCACACAGAAUGUCCGUGUGGAAUUCCACAUGAAUAUUCUGCAGCAGCAAAGUCCCAUUGAUUUCAAUGGGAUUCUGCUUCUCUAUUCACAGGCAGAAUGUCCUGAUUCUGGUGUCUGUCUGUUCUGGUGAACAUGUUCAAUUUUUUUGCGGAUUCCGCCAUUAGUCUAUGGAAUGAACAAGUUAAAUCUGGCAGCUGGCUGGGGGGUGAAGUGCCUUGCUGCUGACAAUCUUAGCAGGUCUAUGGAUGAGACCUGUGGUGAUCUAAACUUUUGAUGUGUGGAUGACAUGUCAAAUCUUUAUAUUGAUGACACUAAAGCUUUAAAGGGGUUGCCAGUUUUAUUUAUUUAUUUUUUAAACCUGGUCAGGGAAGGGUUAAGUUAAAAAAAAAAAAAAAAAAAAAACAGUCUCUUGCCUUGGUCACUCCCUUGCUGCUGGUAUAAUGAGGCUCAGUUUUCCCGCUGUCCAGUGCUUCUGGGUUUGGGGACAUGUCAUACACCCUCUCAGCCAAUCAUUGAGGUGGGACACUGCUGUAGUAUCUAAAUGGAUGAGCAGGAAUGUGACAUCUUGUCACUAAACAGUGAGGAAGGAGUCUCCAUUACACCAGCAUCUGCUCGGGAGCAACAAAGAUAGGAGAGGUUUAGUUUAGUUUUUUUUUACUCAACCCUUGUUAAAAUAAAUGUUUACUCCUUUUUUUCAAGGGUGUCUUUUUAACUCACUGCAUCAAAUUUACAAAAAGUCAGGCUAUAAAUUUGGCACAAUUUAAGAAAUGACGUAUGAAUUUACCCACCUUUCAGAGGUGAUUCCUUGUGAAUGUCCUUUAUUUUACAUCUUUUCAUUAGCUCACAGGAUUAUAAAUCCGAUGAGGGGAGGGGGGUGUCACUCCUUGUGGUGGUGAUAUGUGAUUGGUGCACCUGCUCAUGCAGCCUUGUCCAGGAGUCAUCCCUUGUCCAUGACUCGUGGACAAGCCUGAGGUUAUUGCAUGACUGGUUAGUGUCCCAGUAGGUAUGGGGACCCCUAAUGGUGGGAUUCUGAUGAGCCGUUUUCUUGAUAAACUACUAGAAGUAAUUUGGAUAAACAUGUUAACAAGUAUGGUUUGUAAACGUAAUUGUUUCCAGACUUUUAAACAUGUCCAUCCUAACCAUAUAAAAAAAUGUUUACAAAGUAAAAAGAAAAUCAAACAAAGUUAUAAAUAUAUAUUUCAAAUAAGGUGAUUUGCCUAUAUUAAUGAGUAAUUUCAACACAUUUUUGUAAUGUGUUUUUUUUUUUUAUGGAGGUGAUUUGCGCUAAUUAAAGGAGUUGUACCAAAUUUUGCGCCUUUUUAAAAAAAGUAGCAUUUACAUAAAUUCCUGACCACUGCAAAAACCCAAACUCAAAACAAGCAUACCACAGCCAAACACAGGAAUGCACAUAUAUGAAAAGUCGCAACAAAAGCUGCAAAAAAAAGCUUCAAAAUAUUGCGACAAUUUUACCCAAUAAAACAAGGGUAAAAUGCUUCAUAAAUAACUUCUUUACAUUCAGGGGCUGAAACCCUAUCCUGAUCAGUCAUUAGACUGAUGAAAAGUUUUGUCACUUUCUAAACCUAACUUCUUACAGCUUAAAGCAGUGUUUCCCAACAUUUUUGGCUCAGGUACCCCUACCGAAUUACAGAUUACAGUGCUGCUUUAUACAGCAACUCACAAGAGAUGUCCUCUCUAAUCAGCGUUGUUCCAGCCACAAUUCUUCACCGUUAAACCUGCAAAACAAACCUAUUAGGCUCUGCACUUUUCCUGCAUCAGCCUCCAGAUUUCCCUUUUACAAGUGAAGAGGAAUACAGGUGUAUAGGGGUAACAGAGGGGUGUAGAAUAGUGUACAUGGGUGACGGUGGGGGGGUGACAGAG